CAAUGUCACCAUUUGUCUAACAAUAAAAAUAGAAUUUAUUUUCAAAGAUGAAAUAAUGGUAUUAUAGUAACUUUACAAUAUUUGAUGUAAAUAUUUUUUUUAUUUAUCCACUUAUUGUCAUUGAUUCAUUCAUUAUUGAAUCAAAUACAAUGAUGUAUUAUUCAAUAAAACUUCGUACGUUUUAUCAACACUUCAGCUAAUUAGUGGAUGUAUUUAACAAGUAGCGUUGCAGCAGUGAACAUAAAAAUUAGUGAUUUAAAAAUUACUAUUGAGUGAUGUUAUAGCUCUGAGUGUUUUGUAGAAUUAUUUCAAAGAAUUCUUUGAACAAAUUUUUUAAAGUUUAAAAUAUAUUUAUGAUGGAAUUAUCUAAUUUUAUAAAUCUCAAUACAAUAGGCAAUUUUCUAAGUAUUAUAACAAUAACAGCAUGUUUUGUUAUAAAAGUUCCGCAGAUUUUAAAUUUAUUUGCUGCUAAAUCAGUUACUGGCAUAUCUCUUUUCAGUCUGAUACUGGAAUUAUUUAGUUAUACUGUUACAGCAUCUUAUAAUUACACUAAUGGAUAUGCUGUAUUGUCUUACAUGGAAUAUCCAAUUAUUAUAAUUCAAGAAUAUGUACUGAUUUUUCUAGUUUUGAAUUAUUUAAAUAAGAUCAAUAGAUCUACAAUUUGUAUCGUUAUACUUUAUUUCAUUAUUACUGUAUCUUUUUUAAUGCAAAUUCUACCGAAAACUAUCUUAACAAUUUUAGCUCCAAUGUGUACUCCAAUUUCUGCAUCAAGUAAAAUAGUUCAAUUAUUAGCAAUAAUUCGGGCUCAAAAUUCAGAGUCAGUUUCAUUAUUAACUUGGUUUAUUUCUACAUUUACGAAUCUGACUCGAGUAUUCACUGUAUGGAUGGAUUCAGCUGAUAAACUGUUAUUAGGAAAUUUUAUCAUUUCUGUACUAUUGAGUUCAAGUGUUAUGAUUGCAACAAUUUAUUAUAAACCUAAAUCAAAGAAAGCUUAAAAAGAAAAUACUCAAUUUAUAUUCGUUUAUUGAGUUUAAAGUUUAUAAGAAUUUGUUUAAUAAUAAUUUUAUGUACAAAGUAGAUAUAAACGAUGAAAUUAAUUAUUAAAUUUAUCAAAAACUGUACAUAAUAUUAAAGCAGUUUAUUAUAUCAUUGUUA